GCGAUUUAACCUCCGUUCGCUCCCGACAGAAUCCCUUGUAUUCGUCCUCAAAAGUUUGAUAUCGGUUUCCACUGUGUGGACUUAGUGUUUUUAGUGUUCAGUGCAUGUUUUAAAGUGAUAAUCGUCGUCGGCCCCGUCGUUUUUCCCUGUUCACGCCGGUAUGGAGGCCGGAUGGGCCCGGAUGGUGGGCGGUGGAAGCAGGGGGAAGCCGAUUUUUUUUGGUAUCGGUCAGAAUCAUUUUUUGUUAGCUGAGCAAAUCAUUGGUUAUUUUUCUUCUUUGUACGUGGUGGUCAUUGACCAGAAGCGAAAAUCCUCGACGGAAGUCGGCAAUGGGCGAAUGAUCCUAGCUGUCUAGCCCAACAUUUUUUUUGUUAGACGCAUAAUUGAAUUGAAUUUGAAUUAUAUGAGGUUAUGUUAUGAGACAAGUAAUGAAUAUUUUUCUUAACAUUGGCAGAAAUCCUUUACACUUUUUACGUUCUCCUGUUGAUAUAUAUGUAAGUAUUGCUAAAAAGAAGAGCGUCCAUACAAAUCACUGUCUUUAUCAAAUACCGCAAAAAAUGGGAAUAAGCCUGCAAGAUUUAGUUAAAAGGCUACAGUGCCUGGCCCCACUAAACCUUGCGGAAUCUUGGGACAACGUCGGCUUGUUAGUGGAACCACAUAGUGAUAAGACCAUUGAUUCCGUUCUGUUAACGAUAGAUUUAACGGAAGAUGUUGUGAAUGAAGCUAUUAACGUAGGUGCCCAAUUGAUAAUUUCUUAUCACCCAAAUAUAUUUAAACCUCUGAAAAGUGUUACUCAAAGCGCUUGGAAGGAACGUAUCAUUAUUCAAUGCAUAAAAAAUGGAAUAGCCAUAUUCAGUCCCCACACAACUUGGGAUGCUAUGGAAAAUGGUGUGAAUGACUGGUUAGCUUCCGUAUUUGAACCAGCAACAACCAAACCUAUUUUACCAAACACGGAAAACUCAAAUGUUGGAAUGGGACGGUAUGUUACAUUAAACCCUGGCUCAUCACUAAAAAAACUGAUCAAAGAUAUUAAAACCAAGAUUGGUGUCUCAUUUUUGAGAAUUGGUUUGGGCAAAGGCAAAAACUUUGAUGACACUAUUCAAACUGUAGCUGUUUGUGCUGGGUCAGGAGCAUCUGUUUUAAAUGGUGUCAAAGCGGAUUUGUAUUUGACAGGUGAAAUGCUGCAUCAUGAUGUACUAGAUGCCACUCAGAAUGGCAUUAGUGUCAUUCUAUGUAAUCACAGUGACUCAGAAAGGGGUUUCUUGAAAACAGUGAAAAAUAUUUUGUCUGAUCAAGUUUUAACAGUGUCUGUGUCAAGUGUGGAUAAAGAUUGCCUAACAACAGUAUAAGCAUGAC